GCUUGUUUGAAAUCAACUAACCGAUCACCGAUCACGUAACAUUAUAAUUUAAUAACAAAUAUGAUUUUCCAGAUUUGUGAGUGCAUAAUGCUCAGGUGGUCAAUUAUUUAAAAGAUAAAUCUAAAGACACUUGUAGUGAGCUGCGGCAGUGCAGUGAAUGAGCACCGAGUGAACACUGUGACCGAGCGUUUCUCAAGCCCAAGACUUUAAACUUAAUCUAAUGUUAAGUCAAUCUAACGGACGUAAUGUCACAUAUAUUAUAUUUAUUAAAAUUAUAUGAUAUAAUUAUAAUAUAAGUCUGAGUAGUUUGGCGACCGGUUUUUAUGUUUAACUUCAAAUAUGGCAAAAUAUAUGUGUUAAUCUGUGUGUAAUCAGCCAGUUCAUUCGUUAGGACUUCAUUCAUCUCAUUGCAGCAGCUGCCGAUCUUUGUUAAUAUAAGAUCACAAGAUAUAUGAUAUGGGCAUAGGAAAAACUAAAAAAGGAUACAACUUUUUCCAGUCUCUUGAAUCAUGUUGUGUGGACAAUCAACUUAAGGUGCACAUGCCGGUCCACAGAAAUCUUUUUUGGGAAGCACUAUAGUUAGGCCUACCCGACUAACAUCCCAAGUAUUUCCUAAAAGUUGUUUUAAGAAAAUAACAGAUAACAAUAACACUGAAGUGUGUGUUGAGAAAUAAACUGGGUACGGGAGCAGAAAAUGAGAGCCCCGAAGAAUCCUGUACUCAAGCAAACAUGGGAGUGGGGUCUUAGUGAGCCCUUUGUCAGAAACUUUUUGAUAAGUUCAAUAUGCACAGGUAUUUUUUGGCCUUUACUGAAUUUCUUUUUGCAUCAAAAUCAAACUACCACCUUCACUUUUAAUCAGAGAGAAUCAGAAGUGAUGCUAAGGGAAAUGUAUAUGUCUCUUAAUCUGACUGUGUUACCAGUAAUAAAAUGCUUUAGUUUUUGUUGUUGCAAAAAAGGACUGUGGGCAUGUGUAGUUAAAAUAAUAAUGUGUACGGUAAUUUAAGUUUGUCUGUCUAAACCAAAUCAUGACUCCAUUUGAAAUUUAAGUUCUUUAAUUUCUAAUUUUCUUUUAGUUAAAGUUGUUUUAAAAUUCUAAUUCUGCUUGUUAAUUUGUGAAUAAAUUAUAUUAAAAUAAUAAAGGCCAGACAUUUAAAAAUAUUAUCAAAUACUUUUCAGAAAUUUUAAGAGAUGGUAUCGAUGUUGCUACUAUACCGAAAGCUUCGGAAUCUAACCUUGAAGAAAUUGGUGAUAGUCCUCAUCCUCACAGUGGCCUCAUUCAAUGAGUUUAUUGUUUACACAUUUCAAUCUUAUAGAUGGCCAAGUGUUUCAAAAUACAGGUUUCUGGAUUAUCUUUAAAUUUUCAUGUUAUUACCGUCUUACUAUGGCCACCAAAAAUAUUUUUGGUAUGUCAGUGUAUUUCAUUUUUAUAAUUAAAAAAAUAUAAAUUAGAAUAAUUAUAAAAACCAUGCAAGUUGCCUGACAUUCUUUUCCAUUCUGUUUUAUUGAAUUUCACUUAAAAACUAUUUAAUGUUUCUAGUUAUUCCCAAGAUAUUUGUGUUAUUAUUUUGAUGUUACUGAUUAAUGUAAAAUUGAUUUUUGAAAAUAUUAGACUGGAAAAAACAGCAGCUGUUAUGCAAAGUGCUUACUCGCCAUUUUUAUUGUCCGAAAUAGUCAUGAAACUAAUUAUUAUUUUUUGCGUUCUGAUGGAUAUUUAAUACAAGUGAUCAGUAUAGUCAGCACAAAUAAUAGGUUAGCAAAAGUCAUAACACUGAGCUCAAUUGGUAAUUGUAAAACUCAUUAUCGUAAAUACUUGAAAUAAACACAGGCACAUAAAAUGUUUUGAAAUGCAUAAAAAAUAUUCUGUCUUGCAAUUAUUUUUACAGAGAUUCUCAAGAAGAGAUGUUAAUUUUACUCAUAUCUGAUCCCCAAUUGAUUGGGAUUCAAGAUGAAUUUGGCUUUCCUAUAGGUCUACUGGCCAGGUGGGAUUCAGACAAGUAAGGAAUGGCAUAACUCAUAACUACUAUGGUAUAAUUUUGAUGUGGAGAAUAUGCUUGAUGAUUAAUGUAAUGAUUAUGGAAGUUAUACAUUAUGCAGAAAUGCAAAUAUUGCUUUUGAAUUAGUUAUUGUUUGUUUUUUUUAUUAAAAAGCCAUAAUCAGAUUAAUGAUAUUAAUCAUUUUUUGCUGUAAAAAUUAGACUGCACUAAUCUCCCAAGAAAUUUAAAUUUUAUAAAUGAAAAAAAAAUAAUAAUGUCGAACUACAAGUCAUUUUUUUAAAAACUAGAUGACCUUUUAAUAUUAUUCUCUGAUGAGUGCCUUUUAAAAGGGUUAUAAAUAAGCCUACAGUAACUUGCAUUGUACCAAUAUACAUCUAUUGAAUUUGUUCUUCUGCUGACCAUUUUGCCAAUAAACACAUUAAUAACACCCUUAAUAUAUAUAUCUUAAAUUUUUUUGUACAUACAAAACAUAAAAAUUUGUAGAUAUAUGCUGGGAAAUGUGCUUCCAAUCUGAAAAGGGGGGGGGGGGGGUUCCAAUCUGAAAGGGGGGGGGGGGCCUAAAAUCUCACGGUCCUUGAUCUACGUGUAAACAAUUGUCCUGUGUGCCACCUUGAUAAAUCAGGUCUUUAUUUUUUAUUUGAUCUGAAGCUGUUUUAUUUAUUUUCCCUUUAUUUUCUUUUAUUGAUGACAUACUUAUAAAUCCAGCUGAAAGAAAAAGACUCUUUCAUUAUAAAGUUAGGCUGAUGUAGAAAAUUUACUUUUCAGCUAUUUGCGAAAGACAUUUUCUCGUAUCUACCACCACACAUUACCAGAUGUGAUUGUUUUCCUUGGUGACAUAAUGGAUGAGGGAAGUAAAGCCACUGAUUAUGAAUAUGAAUCUUAUGUUCAAAGGUUUGACAGCAUAUUCUAUGAAAAGAAGUAUGCAAAGGUUGGUGCUGCAAGUUUUCAUCCUUAAAAUUGCACCAAUUAUUACAUAUUGAUUAACAAAGUAAAAAUUGUAAGCAAUUAGUCUACAAAAUUUGACCAUUUUAAAAAAGAAGUUCAUUGAAAUUUUUAAUACUUAAUAUUGCUAGAAAGUGUAAUAUUUUUUCACUUGCUUUUUAGACUGCAAAACUCAUUAGAUGCAUUUAGUGUUAUUCAAUUUCAAUAAUCAAUAUAAAAUUUUAAAAUUCUUCUACCCAAAACUCACUAUUUGAAAAUGCUUAUUACCUUGCUAUUUUCAGACUAUUGUCAUCCCAGGAGAUAAUGAUAUUGGAGGGGAAGGGGGUGAUUUCCGCACGGCAUUUAAAAUAGGCAGAUUUGAGCGGUACUUUGAAAAUCUCACUGGUGUUGUUUCACAAGGUUUUAUUGACUUCUUAAAGGUAAUUAUGGGUGAAUCUUAAUUUAAACCCUUAUUUAUGGUUAAUAGUUAAUAUAAAUUGCCUCUCAUUUUUUUUCCUUACUUAUUUUUACACUGUCAAAUCUUAAAGUAUGAUGCUAAAAAAUUUUAAUAUCUUGAUCUUUCAGUGAAUGGAGCUGAUUUUUUUUUGUUCAAUUUCAUUUUGAAUUUUUAAAAAGUUAAUCAAUUUUAGAGUUUUAAACUUUAUAUUUUUUUUUAAAUAAUUUUUUAGCUGUUUUACUAUAGACCUGAAGUGUACUAUUUUUUACUUUUAUUAGCUGGACAACCAAAGAGCCAAGGACUUGGUGUUGGAGACAAAAAAACUUUUAUCAGACGUGGCCUCUCAACUCAAAUCACCAUACAGAAUUAUUAUCAACCAUGAAAGUAUGAUAACAAAGCCAAAGGGUUCUGUGUAUCCUGUAAGUUUAAAUAGAGAUCAGUAUUAUUUUUAAUUUAAAAUUUUUUUUAUUUUUUUUCAAAUGAAAUUUUUAUAAUCUUUUAUUAUUUUUUCAAAAUAAUAGAUGAGACAGCUUUAAUUGCUUGUGAGUUUUCUCAGGAUUUCUGUGAUAAGAUAACAUGGAAAUGCAGAUCCAAAGAAAAUAUAAACUUUUAUGUUAUAAAUGAUUGUUUUAAAACUAUCUUCGACAUUAAUUUCUAUGAAAUACAACUGAUGUUCCUAAAUUACAUAAUAAAUUAGUUUCAUAAAAUAUUUUGGUCUCUAGGUUUGAUGAACGCACUGUCUUGUAUGCUUUUUAUUUUUAACCUAACAUUAGAGAGAGUUAUGAGAAACAUACACAUUGACACUCGAGGAACGAUAACAGGAUACUUUUUUAGGGAAACUUAAGACCCACAACCAAUGGGCACACUCUACAACCAACCACUUCAGUAUCUUGCAUAUGCUGAUGACAUAGCACUGCUAGGGAAAAGUAUUAAAGACAUAUCAAAAUCCUUUAUUAAAUUAGAAGACGCAUCACUACAAGCAGGGCUGGAAGUUAACAACCAAAAAACAAAAUACAUGACCAUGAUAACAGAAAAACAAACAGAUGAAGCAAUUAAAAUUAGAAACCAGACUUUUGAAAAAGUAAAUCAAUUCAAAUACCUAGGAUCUUUAUUAAAUGAAAGAAACAAAUUACUAACAGAAAUAAAAGAAAGAAUAUCACCCGGAAACAGGGCAUACUUCAGUAGUCAGAAAAUACCGGUACUCAAAAGUAAAAACAUUACAAGAGAAACAAAGAAAACUAUUUAUAAAACUGUAAUCAGACCAAUUGUAACAUAUGCAAGUGAAACUUGGACCCUAACACAAACGGCAGAAAACCUAUUAAUCACAAGGGAGAGGAAAGUUCUCAGAAAAAUAUAUGGACCAACAAAGGAUGAAUAUGGAUGAAGGAUACGAACCAACCAUGAAUUGUACAGUCUAUAUCAGGAUCCCACGAUAGUAGCAGAAAUGAAAAAGGGCAGGCUACGCUGGGCAGGACACUUAGAGGGUGCAUCACCAAUACCCCAGAAGAAAAAGGCUCAAAGGCAGACCUAGGCUUAGAUGGAUGGAUGAUGUGGAAAAAAGAUCUACAACUGAAAAUCCAAGCAUGGAAAAGAAAAGCAUUAGUUAGAUCUGAGUGGAAGGAAGUAGUGAGGCAGGCCAAAGCCCUACAUGGGCUGUAGCCCUACAGGGAUGGAUGGAUUUGAUGAACUCAAAGAAUGUGCUCAUUUUGGCAAAAGUCAGAGUUUUAGUUUUAACAAAUUUUUUAGGUUCUGGAUUUAAUCAUAAGACAAUGCCUGCAUUAUAUUCCAUUCCAUUAUUAUAUUAUUUCUUCUUCUUCUUCUAUAUCUUAAGGGCCCACGAUCAAUUUAUUGAUCAUUUUGGCUCCUAUGCAUGUAGAUGGGAUUUGCAAUGUUUCUGUUCCUGGUGUUGAUGAGGAAAUUUCACAGAUUUCCAGUGCCACUUUGUGAGGGAAUCAUGCACUGGGGGUUUGAAGGCUUGAGGCAAUAGACACAAAUGUGUCUAGUGUUGUCGCCUCAACCGUUCCUUUUGAAAGAUUGUUCCAGUCCCUGAUUGUCUUGGGCAGGAAUGAGCAGCUCCUAUACUGGCUUCUUGCUGGUAUGAGCCUGAAUUGCCUGUCAUGGCCUCGUCGCUGUCUAUGGGGGAGAGGUACGAGUUUCUGUUUAAUACUGGAACAGUGGACCAGCCCAUUAUUUAUCUUGUACAUCAUGGAGAGCCUGGAUUGUCGUCGUCGUUUCUCCAAUGGUGACCAGCCUAGUGUUUCUAGCAUGCUGCCAACACUUGAGGUAUUCCUGUAGCGGUUUAGGACAAAGCGUGCUGCUCGUCGCUGGACCGCCUCCAACCUGUCAAUGCUCUUCUGGGUAAAUGGGUCCCAGACUGAAGAUGCAUAAUCUAAAAUCGGACGGAUAAAGGCUUUAUAUGCUCUUUCUUUCACACAGGAGUUGCCAAUCUUUAGAUUUCGCCUUAAGAACCCUAGGGUCUUGUUUGCUUGGUUACAUACAUUGUUAAUAUGUUCAUCCCAUCGGACCUCUCUUUGAAUGGUAACACCCAGGUACUUUACGGAGGAAACUUGCUCAAGAAUAUGGCCGUGCAGUUUGUAUUGGUAGUGUAGAGGAGUACAACUUCUAGAGAUUGAUAGUGUCUGGCACUUGGCAGGGUGAAAUUCCAUGUCCCAGCUCAUCUCCCACUCAGCUAACAGAUUGAGAUCCUGUUGUAGCUGGUCCUGGUCAGAUCUGUUGGCGAUCGUCCUAUACACUGCUGUGUCAUCUGCAAACAGUCUUGCCUGUGAUGUCAGUUUCUCCGGUAGGUCAUUAAUGUAUGCUAGGAACAAACAGGGGCCCAGGACUGAUCCCUGGGGGACCCCUGACUUCACAUUUCAAAUUAAUUAGCUGAGAAAUGGAUUGGCAGUUGUAAGAUUUUCCUAGCUCUUCAGACCUGCUUGUACCGUACCUUUCAAUAUUUUACAUUGUCAUCUCUCAAUUAUAAUUAUAAAAAAAUCAUGAUUUUCCGUGUACCGGUAGUCUUUCUGACAAUGUCUGCUUUUAUAUACAAAUUUUAUAUUACUACAUAAAUCCAAUAAUUUUUAACAUUUUUUUUUUAAAAAUUGUAAAUAAGAUUUUACUAUCCACAGUUCCUUCGUAUAGCACGGCCAAACAUUAUUUUUACUGGUCACUGGCAUUGGGUAAGUUAAAAUUAAAGUCAUAUUUAAAAAAAAUAUUGGUAACUCAAUUUUAUUUUAACAAUUUUUAAUUUAUUCACCGUCAUUAAAACUGAGUGAUUCUUUUUGUUACAAUUAUAUACUUUUUUUUUAACUUGAUUUUAUCUUAAGCACUGCAAAUGCCCAUAGAAUAUUCAUCUAUGUUUAUGUCUUACAUUUAUUUACAGUCACAAAUGUUCACCUGUGACACUUGUUUGGCUGAUGAUGAUGAUUAUAAUAACUGGCCUUACCACGCCAGAGAUAUUUCAAAGAUGGUUGAUUUCAUUGAUGUGGAAUUCAACAGUGAGAUAGCUCUCAGUGAGAUCAUGGUGCCCACCUGUAGCUACAGAAUGGGAGUUCCAAACAUGGGCUAUGGAGUUGCUGUCAUAAGUGAGUUAUGGCUUAUUUAAGUUAUUUAACCGGUCCUUAUGAAAUGCACAGCUUUUCAGAUCUAAACAUACCUAUGCUUGAACUUAAAGGUAUGUUGACACUGUGGAUUCAUUGCAACCACAAAUCUCAGUGGUGAAUCCUUGUUGAGCAUCUUCUGACAAAGAUAUCCCACAGGGUAUUCACACUGAGCUGGCACAGCUAUCCAGCAACCUGCAGCUGCAUAAAUUCAGCUUUUCACUUUUAAAUAUGAUUUUACGAAUAACCACCCAUCCAGGGGGAAAACCAUAAAAUUUAAAUUUUAAGUUAAUUCCACUUAAAACAAGACAAUGUGACACCACUGUUCUCUUGUCUUGCCCUCUCCAAUAAAAUCCAACUUAAAUUUAUUUCACAAAUAUUAAUCUUCUGACUAUAAAAUAUGCCUAGGGGUAGUGUAGGUAGGGCUAUUGUUGUUCAUCCUUCGCAUGCGAAGAUGACCAAGGCUUCGACUUGAGUAGUAGCCUUGACUUAAGAUGUAUUUUGUUUAAAGUGAGGGAGAGUUACUCAAUUCAUCAGCCUCACUCUCUCGUCCUUGCAUAUUUGUUCCAUUGGCAAGAUGACUGGAAAGAGACUAGGUGGGGCUACUAUCCAAUACGACUGAUAAUUAAAACGUGUUAACAAGCCCUUUCAGUUUAUGAAAAUGCAUGCUUGAUGAUAAAUAUGACGGGAUUGAGUCUGUAUAUUGCCAGCCAACAAUAUACUGCAAGUCUCAACAAACCCAUGAAAAUGAAACUGUUGCAGUGAGUAGCAAAUGGCAACAUAAAUCUUAGAAUCUCACUAAUAAAUCUUGUGUUUCAAAAUUGAUUCUUACAGAUAAAUCAGGACAAAUGAAGUAUACAGUGAUGUGGCUUCCUGCCCGAUACACCUUACUCUAUAUCUACAUUGUAAUGUUGGUGAUUGUAACUUUCCUGCUAUUGCUUGAUUUCAUCUGCUCACCAUCCAGAAAAGAUUUGUACAGAUGACACCUGGAUGGAUAAAUUUCAAUGGACCAAAAAUGGCUUCAAUUUCUAUAAAUGAUUUCAUGAAAUCUGUGAUAGAGCAAAAUACAUUAUAAUUUGAAUUUACACAAAAGAUACCAUGAAGACAGUGUUGAGAGAGAAUUUUCAUCGCUUAUCCUGUUUAAAUUGUAGGGUCUGGCUAAAGUGUUGCUCCCCUGUUUGAGUUGGUCCUUGGAUUAUAUACAUUUAUUUGUUUCUUUGUUUUCAAAGAUUGGGUGAUCAAUUGCCGCAGUUUUGUUUUUUUAACACAACUAGCCGGCUGCAAGACUAUCAAAUGGAUAGAAAAAUUAGAUUACAAAAAAAGGGGAUGCAAUGAAUUUUAUUGGUGUAAAUUUAUUUGUUAACAUUUAUGUAGUCCCUCUUAUCAGUAAAUUUUUAUUUCAAUGAAAUGUAUACUGUUGACAUUAGCUGAUAUUAAGUGGGGAGAGAGACUGCAAACGGGUUAGGUAGAAGGAAAUACGUGACAACCUGAAGAAGGCUUCUUGUCGAUGCGAUUGUUGUGUCCUUUUUUUCCCAGGUUUUCCCAUACCUUGUUUCACAUAUGACGUUAACUGCUGAGUUCCAGAACAAGACAUCUUGUCAGCUAAAGUUUUAGCUUACUGUACUGAUUACUGUAUUGAAGGGCAUUAAAAAUUAAACACUUAACUUUCUAACUUCUUCACUUAAUUGUUUUGUGUACCGGUACUCAGGUUUAUGUAUAAUCCCAGAUUAAAAUUGUGUGGCAUUGUCUGCUCUAUACAAAUCCUCACCAUUGAAAGAAUCUCAUUCACUUUUUUGUUAUUCUUUAUUGGUUAUAGUUUAAGAUCUUUUUUUAAUGUUAAGCUUGUUUUGACCAAAAAUUUUGAUGACCCUCAUUUACCAUUUUUAUAUAAACCGAUGGGGGGAAUGGUUGAGGAAUUUAAAAAAUUAAUAUGAAAAAAAUUACAUACUGGUAUUUAUUUUAAACUAUACUCUAUGCUGCAAGUAAGAAGUUGAUUUUUUUGUCUAUGUAUAGGUAGUGAGUUAGAUGAUGACAAUA